UUCAUAAAUUAUUUUUACUUUCCAUUGUAAAAAUGAGCAAACACAUGCGCUCAAUUGUAGAUAAGAUAGCAUUGUACAGCACAUAAGCUCGGAAAUCGACUUGCUUAGUUUUAUUUCAAUUGUUGAAUAAUUCAGUUCAGAACAGCAAUAACUUACAAAUUAUUUUUAAUAAAAUGGCUUCAAUUCCGGUCUAUAAGCCUCAAACACCGUUUUUAGGGAUAAUUCCUGGUGGAUUUCAACAUAGUUUAAUGAUUAGAGUGAAGGGAAAGAUGACGUCAAAGAGGGGAAGAUGCUCAAUUGAUUUCGUCAACACACCAGCACUCAAAGUCGACCAAGACAUAAUGUUCCACAUGAGUAUUCGAAUGGACGAGAAAGUCAUUGUUCGAAAUUCAUUUAAAAAUAGAAGAUGGGAAAUGGAAGAACGAUAUGGAGCAUUUCGUAUCAGCUAUAAAGAUCCAUUUGAAAUUGUGAUACUUGCCGAACACGCACACUAUAAAAUAGCAGUAAAUGGUGUUCAUCUUGGAGUGUUUCGUCAUCGGCUUCCAUUAAAUUUAGUGCAAUACAUUCAAGUUAAGGGUGACGUAGAAAUCGAACACAUUUUGAUGGAACAAGAUAUAAAAUCAGCACAGGAACAAGCUGCUUUGGGAUAUAUGAUCAAUAAUGCAAUGAUGCAACAAAAUACAUCAACAAAAUAUAGAAUUGCAACGACACAAGUUGUUCAACCAGCAUCGACAACUUAUGUUGUGUCUAGUACUACAAGAGCAUAUCCUUCAUCUUCCGUUUUUCCUAUAACAUCGGCCACAGUUUAUCAAGCACCAACGACGGCUCCGGUUUAUCAAGCACCCACAGCUGUCUAUCAAGCGCCCACAAGUGCGCCUUUGUAUCCACCACAACCAGCUCCAGGAUAUCAGCAACAAGCAAAUCAUGUUUAUCCGCAAUUACCAGGUCAACAAAUUGGUGCAAGUUAUUCAUCAGCACCGGCAUAUCCACCUUCACAGGCGUUCCCAACAGCCCCUCCACCACCAGCUUAUCAAGAAAAUUCACAAUCAGCUACAGUUCCUGAUGAUCCACCACCUGCUUAUGAAUCAAAUGCGCCACAGCAACAACAAAAUUCAGUUUGGGUAUAUAAGUAUUAAAUUUUCGUUUGCUUUUGUGCUGUUCCUGUUCCUCAUAUUAGACUGACAAUAGACUUUGGAAUCUUAAAUUUCUCAGACUAUGCACAUGUAGAGUAUACCAAAGCUUCAUUUUUUGCAUUUUGACUAUAAUUGUUAAGAAUUUACAUACUCUAUGAAAACAUAUUUAUCAUCUGUCACUAAUUGUUCACUAAAGCUUUAUAUAGACUCAAUAUUAAAUAAAAAUAAAGACUAAAUCUAAUUAAACAAAACCUUUUUCUAUCGUUUUUGUAGCUAGCGACACCAUUUUUCCAAGUUGAAAGGCAGCCAGACAAAUUGGUUUUUAAGACAAAAAAUAGUGAAAAGAGUAUGAAGCUUUAAAGCUGUGAAAAUAUUGUAACGUUUUUUUGGAGUAGAACGUCAAAUAAGUAGCUUAAGAAACUUUUUGAUGUAAUUUGUCAAAUAUUUUACUAUUUUUGAACUUCGUUACAAUGACAUAAGAGGUUACAAUUUAAGACAUAUGGAUGAUUUUGAGCAGCUUUUAUUGUAAAUGUAAAUACAACAAAAUAUAAAUGUUGACUCAUAACAAUAAAGCAGUUAUCACAUCGAGG